GGGGCUGGUUUGGUGAUCCCUUUAAGAAACCGCAGGCGGAGGAAUUUCUCUGAGAGAAAAUAAUCCUACUCACGGGGCCCCUUGGAGGCCAUUAACCCCCCGAGUACCGGCCCCCCCUUUCCCGGGCAGGCCCUACCGCCCACGCGCGCACCCGUGGGAUCUCUGGAUCUCCGACCCAGCGCGCGGCAUCCGCCCCCUCCCCACUCUCAGCGCCAGGCCCGGACGGGUUCGGAGAAGCUGCCGCGAGGCGGCCGUGCCUGCAGUGUGGGCGGGGGCCGGGGGCCCGAGAGGUUCCGCCGCCACCGCGCCGGGAGCCGCAGCGGUUCCGAGCGGGGCCCAACAUGGCGGAGAGAGAGGUGGAGUCCGGCCCCCGAAAGAGGUUUGAGCAGAAAACUGGUGCAGUUUUUGAUGAAAUUGUAGAGAACUGUGGUGGUAUCAUGGAUACAGAAAUGUCUGAAGAUAUAGACCACAACUUAACUCCUACCCUUGACAGCAUGUCUUAUGGAAUGCCGAAUCAAACAGGAUCUGAAAAUUCAUUGCUGGAUGAAGAUGAUUAUUUUUUGAACUCUGGGGAUCUUGCAGGAAUUCCAGUCGUUGGUAGUGACAAUGAGGAUGAACAGGAUUUUAGUUCAAAGGACAAUCUUGUUUCUUCAAUUCAUACUGAUGAUAGCUUGGAAGUAGAGAGAAGAGUCACACAGCAUGAAUCAGACAAUGAAAAUGAAAUACAGAUUCAAAAUAAAUUAAAAAAAGACUUUCCUAAACAGUUUGAUCAGGUUUCUGUCUUUAAGUCAAUACGGAAAGAUUUUAGUCUAGUAAGAGAAAACAGCAAAGAGACAUUUUCUGGAAAGGAGAAAAAUAGAGACCUAACUUAUCAUGAACGUGAAAAACGGUUGGAUAAACCCCAUAAAGAGUUGGAUUCAAGGUUGAAAAGCAGUUUUUUUGAUAAAGCAGCUAAUCAAGUUGAAGAAACAUUACAUACCCAUUUACCACAAACCCCAGAAACAAACUUUAGGGAUUCCAGCUAUCCAUUUGCCAAUAAAGAAUCCAUUGGUUCGGAACUGGGGAAUUCCUUUGCAUCAAAUAUUAGAAUUAAAGAAGAACCUUUGGAUGAUGAGUAUGACAAAGCAAUGGCACCACAGCAGGGACUACUAGACAAAAUUAAAGAUGAACCUGACAAUGCUCAAGAGUAUAGUCAUGGCCAACAGCAAAAAACUCAAGAAGGGGAAUUGAAAAUUAGUGCUGUCUUUUCAGUCAGUGGCAGUCCUCUUGCUCCACAGUUGACUACUGGCUUUCAGCCUUCACUGGCGUCAUCUGGCAUGAAUAAAAUGCUUCCUUCAGUUCCAGCCACAGCUGUCCGAGUUUCCUGUUCUGGUUGUAAAAAAAUCCUCCAGAAGGGGCAAACUGCUUAUCAGAGGAAAGGGUCUACUCAGCUUUUCUGCUCCACGCUGUGCCUCACUGGAUAUACAGUUCCACCUGCCCGCCCACCACUGCCUCCCACCAAGAAAACUUGUUCAAGUUGCUCAAAAGAUAUUUUAAAUCCAAAGGAUGUGAUCAGUGCCCAGUUUGAAAAUAGCACCACUAGUAAAGAUUUCUGCAGUCAGUCAUGUCUGUCAACGUACGAACUGAAAAGGAAACCUGUUGUCACCAUAAAUACGAACAGCAUUUCAACCAAAUGCAGCAUGUGUCAGAAGAAUGCUGUUAUUCGACAUGAAGUUAAUUACCAGAAUGUGGUACAUAAACUUUGCAGUGAUGCCUGCUUCUCGAAGUUUCGCUCUGCCAACAACCUCACCAUGAACUGUUGUGAGAACUGUGGGGGCUACUGUUACAGUGGCUCUGGGCAGUGCCACAUGCUUCAGAUCGAGGGCCAGUCUAAGAAGUUUUGUAGCUCAGCGUGUGUCACAGCAUAUAAGCAGAAAUCAGCCAAAAUUACACCAUGUGCGCUUUGCAAAUCAUUGAGAUCCUCAGCAGAAAUGAUUGAAAAUACCAAUAGCUUGGGAAAGACAGAGCUUUUCUGUUCUGUUAAUUGCUUAUCUGCUUACAGAGUUAAAAUGGUUACUUCUGCAGGUGUACAAGUGCAGUGUAACAGUUGUAAAACCUCAGCAAUCCCUCAGUAUCACCUCGCCAUGUCUGAUGGAAGUAUACGCAACUUCUGCAGCUACAGCUGUGUUGUCGCGUUCCAGAAUUUGUUCAACAAACCAACAGGGAUGAAUUCUUCAGUAGUGCCCUUGUCUCAGGGCCAAGUAAUUGUAAGCAUCCCCACAAGUUCAACAGUAUCAGCAGGAGGGGGGAACACCUCUGCUGUUUCUCCCACCUCCAUCAGUAGCUCUGCUGCAGCUGGUCUCCAGCGACUUGCUGCCCAAUCCCAGCACGUUGGGUUCGCACGAAGUGUUGUGAAACUCAAGUGUCAGCACUGUAACCGCCUUUUUGCCACAAAACCAGAACUUCUUGACUAUAAGGGUAAAAUGUUUCAGUUCUGUGGCAAGAAUUGUUCUGAUGAAUAUAAGAAAAUAAAUAAUGUAAUGGCAAUGUGUGAAUAUUGUAAAAUUGAGAAAAUUGUAAAGGAGACUGUGCGAUUCUCAGGUGCUGACAAGUCAUUCUGUAGUGAAGGUUGCAAAUUGCUUUAUAAACAUGACUUGGCAAAACGCUGGGGAAAUCACUGUAAAAUGUGCAGUUAUUGUUUACAGACAUCUCCCAAAUUGGUACAGAAUAAUUUGGGGGGGAAAGUAGAAGAGUUCUGUUGUGAAGAAUGCAUGUCCAAAUACACAGUUCUGUUCUAUCAGAUGGCCAAAUGUGAUGGUUGUAAGCGACAGGGUAAACUCAGUGAGUCCUUGAAAUGGCGAGGAGAAAUUAAACAUUUCUGUAACCUGCUUUGUAUCUUGAUGUUCUGUAAUCAGCAGAGUAUGUGUGACCCACCUUCACAAAACAAUGCAGCAAGUAUUUCCAUGGUGCCAGCUGCUUCAGCAGGGCCCCCGUCUCUAAGAAAGGAUUCAACUCCAGUUAUAGCUAAUGUAGUAUCAUUAGCCAGUGCUCCUGCUGCUCAGCCCACAGUGAAUUCUAACAGUGUCUUACAAGGUGCAGUUCCAACAGUAACAGCAAAAAUCAUUGGCGAUGCAAGUACACAAACAGAUGCCCUGAAACUGCCACCUUCCCAGCCCCCAAGACUUUUGAAGAAUAAAGCUUUAUUGUGCAAACCCAUCACACAGACUAAAGCCACCUCUUGCAAACCACAUACCCAAAACAAAGAAUGCCAGACAGAAGACACUCCAAGUCAGCCCCAGAUCAUUGUUGUGCCAGUUCCUGUGCCAGUGUUUGUGCCCAUACCUCUUCAUCUCUAUACUCAGUAUGCACCAGUCCCAUUUGGAAUACCAGUUCCAAUGCCUGUCCCUAUGCUUAUUCCAUCCUCAAUGGAUAAUGAAGAUAAAGUCACCGAGAGUAUUGAAGACAUUAAGGAGAAGCUUCCUUCACAUCCAUUUGAAGCUGAUCUCCUUGAGAUGGCAGAAAUGAUUGCAGAAGAUGAAGAGAAGGAGAAGACUCUAUCCCAGGGAGGAUCCCAAACUUCUGAACAGGAACUCUUUCUAGACACCAAGAUCUUUGAAAAAGACCAAGGAAGUACAUACAGUGGUGACCUUGAAUCAGAGGCAGUAUCUACUCCGCAUAGCUGGGAGGAAGAGUUGAAUCAUUAUGCCUUAAAGUCAAAUGCUGUGCAAGAGGCUGAUUCAGACUUGAAGCAGCUCUCAAAAGGAGAAACUGAGCAGGAUCUGGAAGCAGAUUUUCCAUCCGAAUCCUUUGACCCACUGAAUAAAGGACAGGGAAUCCAGGCACGUUCCCGAACAAGACGACGGCACAGAGAUGGCUUCCCUCAGCCUAGACGAAGAGGACGGAAGAAGUCUAUAGUGGCUGUGGAGCCCAGAAGUCUUAUUCAAGGAGCCUUUCAGGGAUGUUCAGUGUCUGGGAUGACACUGAAAUACAUGUAUGGGGUAAAUGCCUGGAAGAACUGGGUUCAGUGGAAAAAUGCCAAGGAAGAGCAGGGGGAUCUGAAAUGUGGCGGUAUUGAACAUGCUGCGUCUAGCCCAUGUUCUGACCCUUUAGGAAGUGCUCAAGACCAUGCAGUCUCUCAAGAAUCCUCAGAGCCAGGCUGUAGAGUCCGUUCUAUCAAGCUGAAGGAAGAUAUUCUGUCCUGCACUUUUGCUGAGUUGAGUUUGGGUUUAUGCCAGUUUAUCCAAGAAGUGCGGAGACCAAAUGGUGAAAAAUAUGAUCCAGACAGUAUCUUAUACUUGUGCCUUGGAAUUCAGCAGUACCUGUUUGAAAAUGGUAGAAUAGAUAACAUUUUUACUGAGCCCUAUUCCAGAUUUAUGAUUGAACUUACCAAACUCUUGAAAAUAUGGGAACCUACAAUACUUCCUAAUGGUUACAUGUUCUCUCGCAUUGAAGAGGAGCAUUUGUGGGAAUGCAAACAGCUGGGCGCUUACUCACCAAUCGUCCUCUUGAACACCCUCCUUUUCUUCAAUACCAAAUACUUUCAACUCAAGAAUGUUACUGAGCACUUGAAGCUUUCCUUUGCCCACGUGAUGAGACGGACCAGGACUCUGAAGUAUAGCACCAAGAUGACGUAUCUGAGGUUCUUCCCACCUUUACAAAAGCAGGAGUCAGAACCAGGUGUGUGGUGGAUUACGUAUUUCCUAUACUUUCUGAUCCCCAAUUUCCUUAGUUUCUUUCUUUCUUUCUUUUUUUUUCCUGUGGAUAGUUCUGAAAGUGUGAAGCAGAGGAAUGAUGUGUUUUACCUGCAACCCGAGCGCUCCUGUGUUCCGAAUAGCCCCAUGUGGUACUCCACAUUCCCGAUAGACCCUGGGACCCUGGACACCAUGUUAACACGUAUUCUCAUGGUGAGGGAGGUACAUGAAGAACUUGCCAAAGCCAAAUCAGAAGACUCUGAUGUUGAAUUAUCAGAUUAAAGUGGAAGUGGGGUUCCUAUUUUCAUACACAUGGGUAUGCACCAAACUGUGAAUGCAUCCAGCUUUGGAAAACGAUGUACAAGUACAAGUCCUCUUGACUUGAUUAUAAGAUAAUGGAAAACAGAUGACUCGUGAACCACAGUGUGGAUGUACAAAUGAAAAUUGAAGGAAAGAAUAUGAACUGAGAAAUGUUGUUCUUUGGCAGUGAUAUAGUUCUUAGACAUCUUCAGAAUGACUAACCAAUUUCUCUGAGUGGUGCAUAAUCUUAUUUUGUUUGGGAAUAACAAAUUGUGGAAUAUUUUUAAGGAAAACUGUUGUAUAAAACUCUACCAUAGUAACCUUAGACCUUAGAGAGGUAGCUUUGGAAUAAAACCUUGGCUGCAGGAGGCUACUUGGGCAAGCCCUAUGUGCACGUCAGGGGAGAAAUCAGUGCAGAGCUAAGAGUGACAUCAGAUGAGGACUGUGGGACCCAGACUUGAAGACCCAAUAAAAAUACUCAACUUUUUUUUAAAAGGUAGAGAGUGAAGUGGUCUUGAUUUUGAUUUUCACUGCCAAGCCAAUUCUGUGAAGGAUAGAAGCCUCUGGUGCUUUUGCCAUGGGCCCCUCACAUCAGGGAAAAAGGCCUUCACUGCUGUUCACACAGUAAUGUGUCCCUUAAACUUUCUGGGUCUUGCCUUCUCAGCUGUGGGUCUGGAUUUGGGUAAAUUGAGGUAAAGGGGCUGAAACUCCACGAACUGAUUAUGCACACAGAAAAUCUGUGGAGCCCAUUAGACCCCAAGUGUCUUGAAAUGUUUGUAGAAAACCCACUAAAAUGCCCACUUCUCUGGGUGUCAGCCUUUAUUGCUGCUGUCUCAUAGCAUGAGCUGUGGUACACAGAAAUGGGGGUUCUCCUUUUGUUUUCAUUUUAUCCCCAAAUGGCAGCUUUUCUCUCAUUGUUUUAUCUUCCUGUUCCCCCAAAUCCUCUUAUUUUGCCUUUGCACCAGUUUCUGGAGGCCCUUGUCAUUUCAAAAAGAAUAGUCUCUCUCCUUACUCUGGCAAACCUGUGGGUGAUUCCACAAAGACACAGUAUUACUUAGCUAUCAGAAUUAUGAUAGAAAAGGUCCUAGUAUGUUCCUAUAAAGCAUUUGGAAAAUGAUCUUGUUGCCCUAAGAAACUUGAAAAUACGGAUUCUGGGGUUAGGAUAUAAAGACACUGACUGUCUUGCAUAUCAUAUCCACAGCAGGUCUUAUAGCAUUAUUCCAAACUCUAGCUGUUUUAGUAGUUCUAUGAGGAUUGCAAGUCAUAGGUGUGUUUGGCAUAUCAAUCCAUCUCCCUCAUCUCCAUUCUCAGUUUCUCCCCCCAGAAAAUUUUACUCAAUAUUAUGAUGUUGGCCAAUCACAGAACUUCUUUAGCUGAGGUGAUUUUGACCCAUUUGUAAUAGAAAUGACAGAAGUCCAAAAAGCCUCUGAGAAAUUUUAACCUUGAAAGACUUUUCAAUAUGUCCCAUUUUUAGAUGCGGGUGGCAGGUGUUUUGGUUUUUUAAAAUAAAUGAAAGUCAUUUAAGUACAAUAAAAAUUUAAAAGUAGGCCUUUUGACAUUGUGUACUUGAUGGUUCUGUCCCUCUGCUGUAACAAAUUUCAUUUUGGUUACCAGGAACUGUGUGAAAGAAGUAAAUCUGCCCCAAUUCUGUAUGAUUAAUUCCAUCUGUGUUUGUCAUUUCUGACUGGAAAACUUCUUACAUUCAGAUCUUGUUUGAUAUGGAGGAAAAACAACUGGAUUGUCUGAUAAGUCUGCCAAUAAACUAUCCAGAAACAUCAGUUGUAAUAGCCCCCACUAUACAGAUUUUAUGGUUUGUAUAAACACUAACAUUUCCCCUUCUGUAGUUGUAUCAAGAACAAAUAUUGUUGGCAUAGUAGAUACAUUGUUAGAAAACACCAGAGAGAAAAAAAGAAAUCUGUAUCUUUUAACUGAGAACAGCUAAUACCCAGGUCAAUAGCUGUCAGGACUUCAAUUGCAUGUUAGUCCACAGAGUUGUCCAGACCCUAAAUUAAUUCGUAAAAGAAAAUCUUGAUUAAUUAUUGGUCAUUCUUCAUAAGCGUAGCUGUUGAUAUGUGUGUCAGACUAUUUGCUUUUUAAAAUUUUAUUAAAAUUAUGUAAAAUUGCAUUUUUAUUUCCAGGGGAGAAAAAAAACAUCAAACAAACAAGCGAAACAUCUAAAUUAUUCUUUCUGUUCUUUUUUUUUUUAACCACUUUUGGGUUUUCCCCUUGCAGAAACCACAGAAAUAUUCCCUUAGAAUAAAAUAGUAUAUUUGUAUUUGAUGGGUGAGUUAUUCCUUUUCUUUGUCUUGAACAAAUUUUAAAUAUUUUUUUUUCUGUUUAAUCUUAUGGGUAUGAGCCAACAGAUGGUAUAUUACAAAGAAAUAGCAGUUUUCAGGAAAUAAAUUAUUUGGUUUUUACUUAGUCCAGUAAACAUAUUGUUUCAUUGCAAA